AUGUCUUUGGCGGUGCUCUCCGACGAGGUGAUCCGCGAGCUCCUCGAGACCCUGAGCCACGACGAGGCCGAAGGCUUCGCACACACGCUGAAAUGCGCCCUCCAUGACUACUCGACCGGCACGCAGUCGAUCGACGCGGGACUCAUCCACCAGCCGAAGAGGACCUCCGUUACCUCGAAUGCCACUGGCGCAACCACACUGUUCAUGCCCUCCUGUAGUCCGGUUGGGCAUGGGGUGAAGGCUAACGUGUCGUGGACAUACGCAGUUGUCACCGUCUCCUCGCCGCACGCCGAUCCCUCCCUCCCGACCAUCAAGCCCACGGGCUCCGUGACACUCUACUCGCCCUCCGGCAGCCCGCUGGGUUUCCUCCACGCACAAACCCUCACAGCAUUCCGCACGGCGCUCGCCUCAUCCUGCCUGCUCACCAAGCGCGCCAGCGUGCGUACCAUUACAGUCUUCGGCUCCGGCCUGCAGGCCUACUGGCACAUCCGGCUCGCGCUGAUGCUGCGGGGCCGCACGAUCCGCACCGUCAACAUCAUCAACCGCCGGUUCAGCGACAACGCCAAGACGAUUCUGAAGCAGUUCUACGCGGUGCCGGCAGCCGUCAAGCAGCGCGAGGGCUGGACCGAAGCGCAGUUCAGCAUGUUAACGCCUACGUACGGCGAGUACAGCCGGCUGCAGAAGGAGCACAUUCGUGAAGCCGACGUGAUUUACUGCUGCACGCCGAGCACGGAGGCGCUGUUCGACGCGAGCAUACUGACAAGCCACGAGGGGCGGCGCAAGGGCAGGCUGAUCGUGGCUGUGGGAAGCUAUACGACGGACAUGCGCGAGUUGCCGCGGGAGCUGCUGCUUCAGGCCACGAAGCAGCACGCGGCGGGGCAUAUGCACUACCACAAGCACGCGACGGAGGGCGGCGUCAUUGUAGUCGAUACGCUGGAUGGGGCGCUCAAGGAGGCCGGUGAGAUCAUCGACGCUGAGUUGGAGCCGAAACAGCUGGUUGAACUCGGAGAACUAGUCAUGAUCCACAAGCUGAGAGAAGACGAAGACUCCGCAACCGACGGCUCCUCCGCCAUCAGCAACUCCUUCGACAAGCUGGACCUCUCAUCCUCGGGCCCAGGCCCGGCCAUGUCGACCGUCUUCGGCGGCAACAACUCGUCCACAGACGCGAGCAGCCACCCCAAGCGCUCAUCCUCGCGCAGCCCCAGCCGUCCGAAAAGCAGUUCGAGCCGCAAAGGCAGCUUCCACCUGCCCUCGCUGCGCCGCGGCUCAGCCUCGAGCCAGGGCUCCUCCGCCGACAACCAUCGGCCGCACAAGGACAAGGCGCAGCAGCAGAAGCGCGACGACCACCUCGCGCGCUGGCUCUCGUCCGGCAACGUCAUCUACAAGAGCGUCGGGCUGGGGUUGGUGGACCUGGUGGUGGGGCUGGAGGUCGUGCGGCUGGCCAGGGAGCGCGGCGUCGGGAGUCAUGUCGAGAACUUCAGCAGCUCGACUCCCGAGUCUUUGUCGUCGUAUUCUGAGUCUUCUGUGUCGGCGGCCCCGUAG